CUGAGCUCGCUGAGUGGGCUUACUCAAGGAGUCGGCUUGGACCGAAGAGCAUUCGCUACAAAGGCAUGCCAAGGGACAGAUGUCAGCCGUUUCACGAACGGUCGAGUUUAUCAACAAUGAAGACGAACAGUUUUCGAGUGUAAUCAAAAGAAAUCGAGUUAAAAAAAAGUUUCUGCAAUGCAUCUUUAUCUUCUAAUCAGUACUUCAUUAGCAUCAUUUGAAUUUCUCCAGGAGUGGAUAAAUAUACUUCACCUUUCAUUUUAAUACCUGUCAUUUUUUUUCUCAAACCAAACAAUUUAAACUUCAUAUAAACUCACUAUGCAUUUGACGGAGACUUGUGUAUGUGUACUAGUCGUGUGUGCGGUGGCAUCUGCAUGGAAUAAAAGAGAUAACGAUGACGAGGGACGAUCAUGGAGGAGACAGCUUGCCAAACGAUGCCGAUCAGAAUACAAAGAAUGUCGCUCUGAAAUGAGAGGAAAACCACUGGGGAAGGUGUGCGGUUCAGACAAUAAGACUUAUAAAGACAUUUGUAGACUGAUGAAAGUCGCUUGUGAAAGAAGAAGGCAAAUAGACAUUAUUUAUGAAGGCGUGUGUAAAAGGAAGAACAAAUCACCAAAGAAAGGGAUUGCAACAGGGACGGGGGAUAGUUCAGAAAGUUCUGAAUCAUCUAGAUCAGCUUAUUGUACCAAAAUCAAGCAACGGUGUCCUAGGCACCGGUUACGAGGUCCCGUUUGUGGGACGGAUGGAAAGACGUACGACAGCGAGUGUGACCUCGAAAUAGCCAAGUGCGAUGGGAUUUUAGUGGAGAGAGCAUCGAAAGGAAGAUGUUUCAGGAUGAACGUACCAACAACAACUACUCCAACGCAAAAGACAUGUCGGACUAGUUGUCCACACCCAGCACUUUCAGGAGCGAGACUCGCAUGUGGCACGGACGGGAUCACCUAUAUUUCUGAGUGCCACUUGGAAGCACUAAAGUGUAUGCUGGGUACCAGGGUCCAUCUCCUUUACUAUGGACCUUGUAGGAGAAGAUACGGUGAAGGAGGGGGUGGAGGCGGAGGAGGAACCUGGGGUGGAGGAGGUGGAGGAUGGGGAGGAGGAGGGGGUGGUGGAGGUGGCUAUCCAACUCCUUCAACUACUACCACUACGACAAAGCCACCAACAACGCUGUUGUCUUCGACACGCCCUUCAACAACUACUACGACUAGCCCACCACCCCGUACAGAGCCACUGAUUCCAACAGCAAUGUUUCCAGAAAUAAAUCCAGCUGAUGAUCCCUAUUCAGAUGGUGGCCCUUGUCCGAAUGCCUGCCCGGACAAUAAGUGGAAACCUGUAUGCGGGACGGAUGGAAAGACCUACGAGACCCUGUGUCACCUUCGAUACGAGGCCUGCAUGCCAGGGACGCCUGACGUAUCACUCGCUCACAUAGGGGAAUGUUCCGGAGAUGAUUGUGCGAUUUCAUGUGAUGGGUUUGGCUACAACCCUUGCUGUGGAACGGAUGGCAUUACGUACUACAAUAAAUGCGAACUAGAAAGAUAUGCGUGUUUCACCAAUACACCGAAAGAAAAGUUGUACGUGGAGCAUCCUGGUGCAUGUGUAGCUCCUUCACCAGGAUGUCCAUCUGCGUGCCCUGCGCCUGAUGACCAUGAAGUGUGUGGAUCCGAUGGAAAUACAUACCCAUCACUGUGUCACCUCAACAGACAGGCAUGCUUGGAUAGCAGCUCUCUAAAGAUAGCUCAUCCAGGCCCUUGUUCCAUUGCCACCAUAGAUCCGUGUCAACAGAACUGUCCAUUCCUGUACUCACCAGUCUGUGGCUCGGAUGGGACGACGUAUUUCAACCAGUGUUUCUUUGAGGUGGCAAAGUGUAGAUCACCCGUUCUCCAAGGAGUUGCCGGAUCAUGUGGACUAAGGAUAUCGUGAUGCACUAGAAGAUGGACUAGGAUGCGCCCUCCAUCAUAUUUAUUAUGCAAACCAACCAAGCACUUGAAGAAA